AUGCUCGUCUCGCGAGUGACCGCAACAACCAUCCUCCUCACCCUCCUCGCGCCCUUCACCGCCGCCACACCGCAACAGGAACCACAACAACGAGAAAAACACCACCUCGAGCAGCAGGAUCCACUUUCUGAGGCAGACCAGCUCCACACCCUGCCACCUCAUCAACCGUCUCUCGCAGGCAUCGCAGAGGCGCAAGGUCCCAACUUCCUCUCACCCCCUACCACCUACGAAGCCAUGUCGUCCUCCGUCGCCCGGACGGCCCCGCUCGUGUUCCCGGCCGCGGGUAAGCAUACGGCCACCGUCAUCUUUGCCCACGGCCUCGGCGAUACGGGGCAUGGAUGGGCGAGCGCCGUUGAGAACUGGCGGCGGAGGCAGAGGCUUGAUGAGGUCAAGUUUAUACUGCCUCAUGCGCCUCAGAUCCCCAUUACCUGUAACUGGGGCAUGCGCAUGCCGGGUUGGUUCGACAUUAAAGUCCUUGAUGGCACAGUCGAGGCCCUCCGCGAAUCCGAAGACGAGCGGGGGAUCCUCGCCUCGUCAGAGUACUUCCAGCAGCUCGUCCAGGCCGAGGUGGACGCCGGCAUCCCCGCCGAGCGCGUCGUCCUCGGCGGCUUCAGCCAGGGCGGCGCGAUGGCCAUCUUUUCGGGGUUGACGGGCAAGCAUCGGAUCGGCGGCAUCGUGGGCCUGUCGUGCUGGCUGCUGCUGAGCAACAAGUUUGCCGGGCUUGUGCCGGCCGAGAAGGCGAACCAGGAGACGCCUGUGUGGUUGGGCCACGGGGACGCGGAUCCGCUUGUCAGGCCCGAGUUGGGGGCGCUGAGUAUGGAUGCGUUGAAGGGGCUUGGGUAUAAGGUGUCGAGGACGCUUUACCCGGGCAUGGGUCACGCCGCUUGCCCUGAAGAGUUGGACGACGUCGAAGCCUUCUUGUUGGAGAGACUCCCGCCUACGCAGAAGUAG